AGUAUGUCCUGUUUACGAUACCAAUGUUUGGAUUCAGGGUGUUACGAAAACGCUGGGUUUUAUUCCUAAUUUUAUUUAGCUCAGUGAUAUAUUUUCUGGUAGCAACACUAUCAAAGUCAAAUGACUUGAUAUUAGAACCAUUUGAAUCCAAACGAAAUAUUCGGCAGACCUUCCAGUGGCAACCCAAAAUAUCCGAUGAAUUAGAGGUAAACAACACCUUAACUGUUAAAUGUCGUAAUUCCGUCCAGGGUAGAAAAUUGAUUGUAGAUGAAAGAGGUUACAGUUGUCAACGACGUCAUUUAGAUUCUAAUAAUUGUUGUGAUACCAAACAACCUUCAACUAGUCGUUACAAUUGUCAGACAUGUCACACUAACGGAUGUUGUUCUGUUUAUGAAUAUUGUGUUUCAUGUUGUCUACAGCCAGAUAAACAACCAUUAUUAGAAAAGAUAUUAAGAGAUUAUAAUAACGAGCCAUUUAAUAAGUUAUUUUCAUUAGUAUUGGAUCAUUUUGAACUUUGUCUUGCCAAGUGUCGAACUUCCUCACAGAGUGUUCAACAUGAAAAUUCUUACCGUGACCCGAAAUCCAAGUAUUGUUAUGGAGAAAGUGCCCCAGAUCUACAGAGUGCCAUUUUAUAAUUAUAAUAGGACAAUGAACUAAAAAUUAAAUUAUUGAAGUGUGAUGUAAAUACUAGUGUAUGGACAUAAGCUGUAUAUAUAUUUUAUACUAUUUUAUUAAACGUUGUAUAUGUAUAUAUUGUGAAGAAACAGAC